UUGUUCCAAAACUCAAAACAAAAAAAAAUUUGCAAAAUUAAGGUACAUUUCCACGUAAAUUUUAGUUCGACCAGCGGACCAGCACCCUCAACGUCGAAGUCGAAGUCAUGAGUGAACACAAGCCAAGGAAGACCCCAGCACCGGAACAAGGGAAGACGGAAUUUGGACGGCAGGUGGACAACAUGCAGAAUAUGCUGCAGAGGGUCGAAAUUUACGGCAACAAGCUAACCGCACAGAUUCACAAUAUCAAGAGGCUGGUGAGGACCAAUCAAAAUGUAGUGGCCCAGCUGAAGGCCAACGAGAAAGCACUCAAGUCGCUGAUCGAAGCCAAACAUAAACCAAAACCGGUCAAGGCUGCCCUCAAAGAAAAUGUUUCCUGCGGGCAAAGAUCUUCAAAGCAGCUCCUUGGCGUGCGGACAAGAUUGAAUUCUAUCGGCCAGGAGUUGGAGCGUUUGCGCCCGCAUCGUUCCAGCAGUCGCGUAGUAAAAAGGAGUCCACGUCGUGUGGCUUGCAAGGCGGCCAGCAUUCAAGAAAUAUGCUGGUCACAAUGCAAGCCCACGACGGAGGGCUGCUUACCACCAAAAGAAGUAAAGGCGGCCGGAUGUGCCCCUGAGUUACAUAGGGAAAGAACAGCGCUGGUUGAAGCACUCAAACUGGACUUGGAUGAUCGACAGAGGGCAGGUCGGGAUGUUACUGCAGCGCCGUCGUCGACGGAGUCGCGGAAUGUGCAGCUGCAACGCCAUCAAACGCUGAUUGAACGAGUCGAAAACAUUCUGGAAAGCGUUGAGAAUUUGAAUAUGAGAACGGAGACAGUGUCGGAUGUGAAGAUUCUGUGCAGUCUGGUGCUGAACGCUCUGAUUCAACGCAAGAAAAUUCUUCUUCAGCAGCCGCCACGCUGUGAAAAGUUGCAGCAGGAAAAUAAAUGCAAUAGACUCACAUUCUCGAAAGUCUGUCAGACGAGCGUUUGCCACAUAAAUCCGUAUAUCUAGGAGUUUUUUAAAUAAAUAAAAUACAAAAAUAUCGGAUCGAUUAUUGCUGCACAUGUUAUCGAUAAAAAGCAUCUGUUGUAGCAUACAU